AUGUCAACGGACGCUAGCGCUCAGAUACCACUGUCUGAUCCUAUACCCGCUGUGCUUGACCCGGAUGUUGGAUCACAGCACGUAGACUCUCCUGAUAGUCAUCCGAGACGUUCUCCUGCAGUUACCCUCAUCGUCCUCGCGUCCGUCACCGCGACCAUAGCUCUUCUACCUUAUCGGCUCCAUCGUCGGCAUUUCCAAGAGCUGCGCUCGGGUAUCGACAGAAUAGCGCUGCUAUCCGAUGCCGUUCAGCACCAACUGAGGGAACAAGGAGAGCUCCUUGGGACGGCUAUCAGGCGGGAGGAGCAACUCCGGCUGAAAAGUCGGCUCGAAGAAGCUAUGCGAGAGGUUUCUAAACUGAGACGACAGGCGGACGAGCUGAAGCUCUCCAGCGUUGCACGAGACCGUCUCAUCCGAGACGAGUUGGAAGGUCUUCGUGAAGAAUCUCGACAUCAGCGUGAACAGCUCCAGGUCCUUCGGGAUCUCGGGACAUCCCUAGCUGACGUUGCAGCCUUUAUGCAUGAAGUUGAUAUUCGCCAGGGAUUCUGGACUCAGCGGCCCGACAACGGCGAGAUAGAGCGUAUGAGGCAGAUCGCCUUGAGAUUGCAGAACAUAUCAAUGAACGGGAAACCCGAUGCGGAGAGCAAGCCUGCGCUCCACGACGACGCACGGCAGGUUUGA